GCAACCACACAGAGAGCUACGAUUCCAGUGGCAGCUAGCGCGAUGAGGUCCGCUCUCCUCUUGGCCCUAGUCCUCACACUUGCUGCAAGUGUUCCUGACCUUGCCUGUGGCAGGGUGAUCGACCCAAAGCCACGGCCCAAACCAACACCACAGCCCGAACCACAACCUGAUCCAAAGCCAGAUCCCAAACCAACACCACAACCAGACCCAAAGCCAGAUCCCAAACCAACACCACAACCCAACCCAAAGCCACAACCGCAGCCUGAUCCAAACCCGGCACCACAGCCCGACCCAAAGCCCCAACCGCAGCCUGAUCCAAACCCAACACCACAACCUGACCCAAACCCCCAACCGCAGCCCGAUCCAAAGCCCCAACCGCAGCCUGAUCCAAACCUCACACCACGACCUGACCCAAAGCCCCAACCGCAGCCUGACCUGAAGCCGCAACCGCAGCCUGAUCCAAACCCUGCGCCACAACCUGACAAGAAACCGGAACCCAAACCAACACCACAGCCUGACCCAAAGCCCCAACCGCAGCCCGAUCCAAACCCCACGCCACAACCUGACCCGAAGCCGGAACCCAAACCAACACCACAGCCUGAUCCAAAGCCAGAACCGCAACCGGAUCCGAAUAACCCCGCUCCACAACCUGACCUAAAGCCCGAACCCCAACCGGGACCGUCAAAGCUAGAGCUUGAGCUGAACCCCAAAUCUUCACUUGAAGAAAAAUCAAAGCCAAGGGCAUCCACGCCAGUUCCCCGCCCAGAUCCUAAACCCACACCGAAGCCCAAACCCAAGCCUGAGCCAAGCCCGAAACCUACACCUGAGCCUGAGCCGAAACCCCAACCUCAACCAUCCAAGCCAGAUCCCCAGCCAGGCCCCAAACCGACACCAUCAAAGCCGGAGCCACCGUCCCUCUCGUCACCCAUUGGCACAGGCACCAUGGGAGGGAACUGAGAGAAUGUGACCGACCAACGCGCAUGCAACCCAUGCAUCUAUCUAGCUCUUGGCUAUGACCAAGCAAUAGUAUUUGUGUAAGAGUGAGCUAUGUACAUGUAGCACUACUGUUUUGUGUGGACGUAUAUGUGUAUCAACGUUUUCCGGUGCGUGUUUCCAUCAUCAGCAUGCAUUCACGUGCUUAUGCUGUACUAUGUUUUUGUAUCAUCAAUGAAUAAAAGAAACAAGUCUUAUGUGUGUUGUUGUA